AUGAUAUCCAUUGACGCGGAAUUGGAUCUCCUCUCGACGUCCACGGCGGACGAUUCGGUUCUACCACCGCCAGCGAAAUCCCAGAUGUGGUCCCUCCCUACGAACCCGUAUUUCGACCUCCUCCGCGAGUUUGCGGACGUCUUCCCUGACAAAGUUCCCAGUCACCUCCCUGUCGACAAAGGCGUACGACACGAGAUCGAUCUCCUGCCGGGCACGAAGUACUGUGUCACGCAGCAGUGGCCGCUUCCCCGCGAGCAAGUGGAAGCUAUCGACGCGUUCUAUGCCGCGCGAAAAGCCGCCGGACAUGUCCGCGAAAGUAUUUCGCCGCACAUAGCCUACGUUCUGUGUCAAGAAACCCAACGGCAAGUGGUGUUAACCAGGAUAUCUUGA